GUGACGUCAGCGCGCCGGUUGACGUAGCGACGGCGGCGGGGCAAGGGGUGGAGGCCUUGUCGGCGGCGGGGCCGGAAAUGAUACAGUUGUUGCUGUGCAGCUGGGUGUCACUGAAUCGUGUUUCUAUGAGCUUGCUGUUCAGUCUGUCUGUUGUUCAGCAUGGCAAAGAACCCUAAUUUUCAGGAAGUUGGCCAUCUGCCUACAGGCUAUGUCCACUGUAGAUCUUCAGACAGCUUUACUGGCUACCAAUAUCACCAUCCCUCCAAGAUGAGUAACAGCCAUCCGCUUCGUCCUUACACAGCUGUGGGUGAGAUUGACCACGUUCACAUUCUGUCAGAGCAUAUUGGUGCUCUAAUGAAUGGGGAAGAAUACAGUGACGUUACCUUUAUUGUAGAAAAGAAACGUUUUCCGGCACACAGAGUGAUCCUGGCUGCUAGGUGCCAUUAUUUCAGAGCAUUAUUGUAUGGUGGAAUGAGAGAAUCUCAGCCUGAAGCAGAAAUUCCUCUUCAGGACACCACUGCAGAAGCAUUUACCAUGCUGUUGAAAUAUAUUUACACUGGUCGUGCUACACUACGAGAUGAGAAAGAGGAGGUUCUCCUCGACUUCCUAAGCCUAGCACAUAAAUAUGGGUUCCCAGAACUGGAGGAUUCAACGUCUGAGUAUCUUUGCACAAUACUUAAUAUUCAGAAUGUCUGUAUGACAUUUGAUGUUGCCAGUCUUUAUUCUCUACCCAAAUUAACUUGCAUGUGCUGUAUGUUCAUGGAUAGAAAUGCCCAAGAGGUGCUCUCCAGCGAAGGCUUCUUGUCACUUUCUAAGGCUGCUCUUUUAAGUAUUGUACUGAGGGACUCAUUUGCAGCUCCUGAGAAGGACAUUUUCCAAGCUUUGAUGAAUUGGUGUAAACAUAACCCCAAGGAGAACCAUGCUGAAAUCAUGCAAGCAGUACGUUUACCGCUAAUGAGCCUAACAGAACUACUAAAUGUUGUAAGACCUUCUGGAUUGUUGUCACCUGAUGCCAUCCUAGAUGCCAUUAAGAUUCGUUCGGAGAGUCGGGACAUGGACCUCAACUACAGGGGCAUGUUGAUACCGGGGGAGAAUAUUGCAACAAUGAAGUACGGAGCGCAAGUUGUAAAAGGGGAGCUGAAGUCUGCUUUGUUAGAUGGCGAUACUCAGAAUUAUGAUUUGGAUCAUGGCUUCUCUCGACACCCGAUCGAUGACGACUGCCGUUCUGGAAUUGAAAUUAAACUAGGCCAGCCAUCAAUAAUCAACCACAUACGAAUACUUCUGUGGGACAGAGAUAGCCGGUCUUAUUCCUACUACAUUGAGGUGUCCAUGGAUGAGUUAGACUGGAUUCGGGUUAUCGAUCACUCUAAAUACCUCUGUCGGUCCUGGCAGAACCUAUAUUUUCCUGCCCGUGUCUGCAGGUAUAUUCGAAUUGUUGGGACGCACAACACAGUGAACAAAGUUUUCCACAUUGUGGCAUUUGAAUGCAUGUUCACGAACAAAACGUUUACUCUUGAGAAAGGUCUGAUAGUUCCCACUGAAAAUGUUGCAACAAUUGCAGACUGUGCGAGUGUGAUUGAGGGUGUAAGUCGCAGUCGCAAUGCCUUAUUGAAUGGGGACACGAAAAACUAUGAUUGGGACUCUGGGUACACGUGCCAUCAGCUUGGGAGUGGAGCGAUUGUAGUACAGCUGGCACAGCCCUACAUGAUUGGAUCAAUACGGUUGCUUCUUUGGGACUGUGAUGAUCGGAGCUACAGCUACUACAUUGAGGUUUCAACAAAUCAGCAGCAGUGGACUAUGGUGGCUGAUCGCACAAAAAUUUCCUGCAAAUCCUGGCAAACAAUCACUUUUGAUAAACAACCUGCAUCUUUUAUCAGAAUAGUCGGAACUCACAACACAGCUAAUGAGGUGUUUCACUGUGUGCAUUUUGAGUGCCCAGCACAAAACGGUACCCACAAGGAUGAGAAUAGUAAGGAAGUGGCAACAACAGAGGUGGGGACUGGUGGACAACAGCUUGUUUCUCGCCCUGUUCGAGCUGCAAGCACUAGUUCCCUGCAUUCCCCUCCUGGAUCCACCUCGCGUUCACAUGCUCACCAGCCGUAAAGGAGAUUGAAAGAGAGUUUUAGCACCCCUGUUGACGUUACAUAAAAUGAUAUUCAGAAUCUUCUUGUGCUGGCACCUUUUCUUUCUUUCUCUCUUUGAACAAAGGGGACCAUGUCUGAAAGCUGGAAAUGCUGAAAUGGAAAAGGCUUUUCCCAAGGACAUGAAGAGUCUGCUUCACUCUCCUCAAUUUGUUCAAAUCAGGCUGGUCUCCGAGGGGGGAGAAAAUAGGUCUUCAAUCUUCAUCAAGUACCCCAUUAACACCCUACCUCUCUAAUCUAACCAAGGCAAGGAGAACAGAAGGAAAUAAAAGGCAGAGCUGCAGUGGAAAUCUAAAAUGACUCAAGCAGAAUGAAGGGCAUAUGAAAUAAGUAUUUGUUCCCUGAACACUUCCAUUAGCAAAAAGAAUGUUUUGGAACACAUCAGUCCAGAAUAUAUGUUAUUUUUAAAAGUUAUUCUUCAUUCACAUUCUUUGUAACUAGUAAUCUGUUUUCUAAAUUGUUUUGACUCUGUAUUCCACUUUGUCUCUUAUUUUUGGCUGUAGCAAAUGCUGUGCAGUAGAUUAAGGAAGUAUCAAACAUGUUUACCUGCUGAGAUGCAAAUUCCCUCAUUCAUCAGUGGGAUGACAAGAAAAGGCUUCAUGAUAUCAACAAACUAAUUAAUGAAUGCAAUAUUAAUCUUGACCUUAAUUGACUUUUCAAAGUACAAAAUUGUCAUUUAUUACCCUCAAAAAGGAAAUUCCUAAGUCAAGCAUCCAUCUUGAAGAAAAACUUAUUUUCCAUUCCUGAAGGUGAUUACUUAAAUUUUACCUGUAUUUCUAAGAAAACUUGCAACAGAUCAUCAAAAGUGUUUGGUUUAGAAAAGUGGAACUGCAACUGGUCACUGACAGGCAGUUGUUAGACUAUAAAAAGAAGAAUUUUCAGAUACUUAUUUUUUCUAAGUAAAAAAUGUUCUGCGAUCUGAAGCUAAAAAUUCAAAGGCCAUGUGUGCAUAAACCUUUCACAUAAUCUUCAUAAAAUAUGAUGCUUUACACUGCAUUAUAAAAGAUCCAGCUUUUACUUUACAAACACAGAAUUUGUUAUCCAUCUAUGUCUGUCUGUAUUACAUUGCCUGCUACUUUGCUUAUUCUAAGUGUUUCCACAUUGAUGAUGACACAGUCUCUUAGUCUCCAGGUGUAUGUGACUUUUCAGAAGAGCUCCAUGCUGGUCUUUCAGUAUGGGAUAAGUGAUUUUGUAUUAAGACAAACGCUGAUGUAAUUGGCCAAAUCGGUUAGGAGGGUUGUUACUCCUCACAAAGUAUAUUAUAUUGGAAAUGUCAGCUAUCCAAUUUUCUGAACUUGGAAUUUCCAGUGGUGACAAAUAGCCUUGUCAGAAGAAAACAAAGCUAGUGUAGGAUAAAUAUGGUUUUCCUUUGCAUAACCAUAGUGAUAAAGUGAGUUAUAUCAACAUAGCAAAUAGUAUGUUAAUUUAUCACACUAGUUAAUUUGAAAGAAUUUCCCUGUUGGAUACUGGUUGUGCAAAACCAGGAAGAAAUAUAACAAGUGGUAGCAAUGAAUCAGUAGAAACUUCAGAGGAGAAAAGCUUCCUUUUUCAUGAUUCAAAUAAAAUUGAUUAGGCUUUGUCAGUAAUAAGAUAGUAUUUUUCAUUGCCAAAUUCCAGUUGAGUUCUAACAUUUGCAUGCCAUCCCCUUCCUUCCCGCUGCUGUCUUCUGACUUGUGAAUGUCUGUCGGUGAAGAUGCAUGCCGAUUGCAUUACAGAUAGCUUAGAAUAUGUGCCACAGCUGCCUCAGGCGCUCUGGAGUUCUGAGGCAGGAUACUGCUCGUGCCAGCCAGUACCUAGUCCGGGGUGCUGAUUACCUUAUGGAUUCACAGCCUUUAGAGCAUGAAAUAAUUGAGACCAGUUACAGGGGACACAAUUCUUGUUUAAGUGUAGGUCAAAAAAAAUUGGAUUUCUUGCCUUUUUUUUUUUCCCUUCCUUCAAAAAGCUUUCUGGUUUUACUUUCAAUUCUGGUUGUAAUCCAUGCUAAAAGUACUGAGAAGCAUGGGGCAUGUCUUGUCUUUGAUAGAUAAGUUCUUCUGUGUCAGUGGUGGUAUUUCUUUGCAGUUUGAGCAAACAGGUUUGCUUUUCUCAAGCCGUGGAUAAGCAAAGGGCAUAACUUCCUAGCUCUGAGUCUUUAGUAGUCCUUUUUUAGGACAUUACAGACCUGUUUAAAAAAAAGUAAAUCAGAUUUUAAUAAGUUAGGUGCCAGCUGUUCUGAGUGUUGGCUUUCAGGGAAAGAACAGGAUUUUCAGCUUAUAAUCUUUGUGCAAAAUUAAUUUUUAUGAUAAAAAUAAGUCUUGUAGACUAUAACCUACUGCACAUCUUUUUGAUCUUGUCCUGUGACUCACUGUUGAACUGAAAUGUCUGUUUAUUUCCCAUGACAUUCGCUUUCUGCCUAGAAUCUGAGUGAACAGAUCUGAGCGAUUCCCAAAGCAAAAGCUAUCAAGUACUACAGACCUUCCAGUCCCCCAGAAAUCAAUCACAGCUUAAAAACUUUGCAUUGUCAGGUGAAUAUAAAUUUUUAGUAUUAGACUGAUUCUCAGUCACACAUGGCCUUUCUUAAUGUCUUUAUUUUCUUCUGUUCUUCUUAGAACCAGUAACUGGGGUGAGGCCAAUGUAAUCAUAGAGCUCCCAGGCUUUUAAGACAAACCCUGCCACAACUUCACGUUUUCUAGUGGGAAUCCUUUACCUUUUUAUUCAGAGAAAUAAUGUUGAAAUAUUUAAGGGACCUGAACUCUGGUUGGUCUUCUAAGACUAUCCUCCAACAAAUACCCCUAAUAUCUUUAUUGCCUAGUACAGGUCUCUGUUUUAAACAUUGUGUCAGCAGCAUAUUACUAGUGACAAAGGAAGAUACCACACAGAACUGAUUUGUGGUUUGAUGUGAGUGUUCUCAUUCUUUCUAAUUACUGUCUGUAUUUAUUGACUCCUAAUUUCAGAUGUAGUUCUUGUAUAUUCUUCUGAAAUAUUUUUUCUUUUUUUUUUUUUUUUUUUCCUUUCAGUGGAAGUUGUGCUGUUACAGCUUAAUAUCAGGGUUUAUCAGAGUGAUGAAAUACUAUAAUUAUUCAGAACUGUGUUAUCACUCAUAUUUUACUUCAACAGGAGUAGAGCAGAACUGACCAGGUAUUCAUUGCUUUCUAGUCAGAAACUAUAAAAUAAACUUACUGUUAGAUUUCUGCAUAAUGGAACUAACUAUAUUGUCACUAUUGAGCCAUUAUUUCUAUUUAAUACUUCAAUAUCUGUAAAUUCCCCUGGCCUCAUUUUCUCAGUUUUUCUUCCAUAGGUUGAAUUCAGACAGGCUCAACUCAUGGAGCUCAGCAAAGCUCUUUCUAAAGUAUCUUUAUUUAAUUAACUUAUUCCAAGUGCAUUUAAAAUAUUUUUAUUCAUGGAAAUGUACAGCCAAAUAUAUCUGGGAAAAUUAAUUUCUGAAGUGAGCAAAAACUGUGCAGCUCUGUGUUCAAGCCAUUGCCAAUCAGCUCUAAACCAAAUUCAAAUGGCAUGUUAAAUGGAAUUACAAUGAGAGAAGUUAAUCCACGUCUGAUGUAAAAAACAAUACAGAGGAGGAAUCACCCAUUUUGUUAGAGAAGGAACUGUUCUUCAUUGCCAUUCUCUUCUUUUAGAGCUCAAUUUCUUUUUUUCCUCAUGAAAAUCAGUUUUUCUUGUUUAUUAUGACAAGCUCAGUGCUUCACAGUAUUGCUGAAAAAUUCAAAUGAAUUUAGUGCAUCUUCAGCUUUACUAAUGAUAACAUUAAAUUAGAGAGUUUUCAGUUUAGUAUCUGAUUUGAUGAGCCGGUUUCCAUGAAAGAAAGUGAGAGAUGUCUAUAAUUGUCCCACUCUAAGUAAAUUAAGUUUUUCAACCAAAUGCAUGCGAGCAUCUACUUAUUAUUCAGUGAUGUAUUGUGCAUUUAAAAGAGUCAGUAUGAAAAUUAGAAGGCAAAGUUAAUGCCGUUCUUGCCUGAUUGUUUUGUGUUAGUGGUUCUGGUUAUACAGUGAUGCCCACUCAGAGACACUCAGUAAGGAAUUAGAACUUAGAUGUGGUUUCACAGAAAGUAGACCUUGCAUUUCUCUAUGAAAGUAUUAAUUGGCUUAGAUUUUGACAGGUGUGUAAAUUCACUGCCAAAUGGACAAGUGAACGCAUUGGUAAUUUUGUUGUUUGUAGUCAGCAAAUAAUCAGAGCUAGAAACAGUUAAUGUGUUUGAGAGUAAACAUUUUAUGUCACGAUAUUAGUUGCCAGAGGACUAAACCAUGCUUCAGAAAUAAUAAUUUCUAGAUCCCAAAGGAUGCUUGAGGCAUGGUUCCCAUUUCAGUUAAUGGUGUAUUUAGGUUAGAAUCCUUAGUUCUUUUUGAAUUGAUUGUUGUUGUUGUCAGUUGCCCUAGUUAAAUCAGACAUAUAUAUAUAUGUAUAUAUAGAAGCUCCACAAAGCUUUGCUCAGGAUACAGAAAAAAGUCCUGUGUCAAGUUUUAGGUGUACCUAGAUGUUCAUAUAUACAUAUGUUAAAUUGAGCUAGUAACUAAUUAUUUAGCUUGAAUUUAGAACAGCUUCUAAGGCUCCAAAAUGGAAAAAAAUAAUUAAAAUUCUGUGCAGGCAGGUGUGCAGAGCUACUGUUGUGGAAUGCUGACUCUAUUUGGUGGUUGCUUAGAAGAUGCAAAUGUCUAAACAAGGUAUGGGUGAGCAGGUCCAAAGCUGGGUUUUGCCCAGUUGUUAUUUAGCUAUAGAGAGGUAUAUAAAAUACAGUAAGUCAAAUGCUCAUCUCAAAGAGGUGCAGUCUAAAGAACACACCUGUAUUCCUCCUAGCCACCUUGUAUGCUAUGGCUUGCAAUGCUUACAAAGCUAGCCUUCAGAGGAUUUUUGUUAACUGAUGAAAAAAACCUGCAGAUUUUUUGUUGGCCCUUCACAAGUUUUCAGUGCAAAGCUUUGGCUGAAGUAAGGUCAAAGUUCUACCCAUAUUCCAUGAUGGAAUCUAGGUCUGUGUUUAGUUUUGAAAAUGUUUACUAGAAAAAUAGUUUUAAAGUCACCCUGCGACUUUUCUUAAAUAAAUAAAGCCCAAAUUAAAACCUGUAGUGUAAUACAAGGAAACUGCAGGUCAUUUACCAAUAGAGUGACUGCCAGUACAACUACGUACCAGUUUUAUAAUACUGUGUUUAGUUACUAUGACAUAUAGUCAUAGUCACUAAAUGGUGGAAGUGAAGAAUCAGCUCUGCACAUGCUUGGCAUUAGCCAUUAUCACCCAGCCAGACAUGAGAGCAUUACUUCUUUUCCUUUUCCUUACAGCCUAAUAGAAGAGUAUAACUCAGUGUUCUGAAAAAAAUUGGAAUUGAUUCAUUACCCAAAUGUCAUGGGAAUUGAAGUUCAGAUCACUGGCUAAAAUCUGAGUGAGUGGCAGCUUCACCCUGCAAAGGUGUAAUCAUGCCUCUCCAGUGCCUCCAGCUACUUUAGGCCCUGGGCUGUCGUAGAGAAGGAGAGCUGCAGUGUUGGUACAAUGUAAGUACUUUUCUUCGUUAGAACUUUUACUCACCUAUUUCAUAUUUAUCAUCUUGCCACAUCUGUUGGUGCAGAUACUUAUCCCUCAGUUUAAAGAAAGUAACCUGCUUUCUCAUGAUUUUCAGAACUAUCCAGUGAUUCCUGAAAACCAGCAGAUAAUACAUCAACCACCUCAGUCUAUAUUAAGUAGUCUGAGGAAUUUACAAAACUGACCUGUAUGGUCUUUUACAGCAAAUGCUAUGUGUCCAAAAAGUACCAGGUGACUCCUAUAAUACCAAGUAAGUUGGGCAGUAUUACUGUUCAGAUGAGGGUCUGUGCGUCUAAAACUAUGUGCCAUGUAAUCCAAGUGAAUAGUUACCACAGCUUCUUUCUGUAGAGGAAGCAGAGAGCUUGCACACCUGCCAGAAACACACAGGAAAUUCCUUCCUAUCACUUUUGGUCUACAUCAGUGUCACAUCUAUUGUCUGUGUACUCCUGAGCUAUAGUCACUAGGUGAUCUAUGGUUAAUACCUAUAAUCCAAUAAAUGUGUUUAACAGUAGAUGUUAAGUCUUUACAUAAAAAUUUUAGAUUGUGCUUUUGAAGCAUGGUCAGGCCACAGAAUUGGGGGUUUGGCAUCUUCUGUAGCUGUCUUGGGGUUUUUUAGUUAUUUUCAGCUGUUAAGAGAUAGUAGUAUUCUUCACAGGAAUUUCUCAUAGAGAUCUGUCAUGCUCAGAAACAGCUUUUUAAACAAUCAAGGUGGGUUCAUUGCUAGAGAAUAGGGGCAGAUUUCUGCUUUCUGCAGGUCAGGAUCCUGUUUUGGUCAUUCUGUAAGUUUGUUUAUGCCAUUUUUAAUAACAAGGUCAUUGGUAUUGCAUGGUUUGGAUCUAUUUCAGGAAUUAUGUCACUCAUUUUGAGAGGCAGAUACUUCGAGUGAAUGCUUUUAUGCAAUAAUACAAUGUUUAUGGAACUUAGAUGAUUAGAUUAGAAACAAAUCACAGCAAGAGCUGGAGUUGCAAGGAACCAUUUGGGUGAAAGACUGGAUGUGUGCGAAAUGUAUGUGUUACCUAAGUUGAAGUGACUGUUUGCAGAGAUGUGUUUCUGCAUGGCCUUUUUUAUUUUUUAAUGUAGGAAAUUUUGUUAAGGAAUCUAUCACUCAUCUGAAUGUGAAGAGGUAAAAAAAAAAAGAGGAAGAAAACAUAGGGAGCAAGGCUUUAGUGGUUUUUACAGGAAGAGCAACACAAAGACAUGAUUCUUGGGGUCUGAGCUAGUUCUGUUUGUCUCCAGUCUUCACAGCUCCUACUUUUUGCUACAUGCUUUCCCCAAUCUUCUUGUUACUCCCUUUCUUUUCCACCCUACCUAGCAUCAUAGCACUGUUGCUGUGGUGUUCCCUGGAACUUUCCUCCAAAUUAGAAUUUAUUAAGGAUUUGGGUUUAGUUUAUUUUUACCUCUAUCGUAUGCUGAAUAAAAUAUCCUCAUCCCCAUUCAUUCACAUAAGACUUUAAAGGCAACAACCAUUAGAGUGUCAAGUUCUAGGAAGCAAAAUUUAAAUUUGGCUGUCUGUGGAUAUGGGAAAUAUUAGCCCUUUUGGAGCUUGUGCUUCCAUAAUCUGUUUGCAGUCUGUUUGUUACCCUUGAGAGAAAAAGCAGUAAGAGGUUUUAAGUUAAGUAGUAGGUCAGGCUUUGUGCAGGCUUACCUAAGUUAAGUUUAAAUAUAAAUUCAGCACCCAUGUUCAUUAACCUUCUCCAAUAUCUUGUAAAUUUUUCUUUCCUUUCUGCUUUGCUCAAUUUCAUUAUUAUCAUUGGUUUUCUUUCCAAAGUGAAUCUGUUGUUCCUUCAGAGGUCAUAAAUUAAACACAAGGAGCCAGACUAAAUAGAAGUUCAGCUUUUAAUGAACUUUUUUACUCAUUUCUCUCAGUGCUCCCCUUUCUUGACAGACAGUAGUUUAAAAUUAUAUUGUUGCAUUCCCCUUCUCUGUAGCAAUUAUCAUUGCAUCUUGAAAGUUUUGUGUUACAUCCCUUUCCUUCUUUCUCAUGUUUCCUAAACAUAGAGUGGUUCUAAACUACCUCAGACCUUGUUGUGAACAGGUACGAGUUUCAGCUAAAGUUUUCAGACUAUCUUAGUCUUUGAAUGUUGUUUAGGUGCAUGUGUAUGUAGCGAAAUCAACCUGCCAGACCCUGAUUGCAUUUUCAGGAAUACCAUCUCAGUGAGAUGUAACUGGGAUGAAUUCACAGCUGUGCCCAUUCAGGUUUAUACUGAUACCUCUUUCAAGAAAACCUUUUCAGGAGCACAACUUCUGAUAUGGGAAGUGCUUCAACUUUCUGGUCUCGGCUCCUUGAAGGAACGUGAUACUGCCUGCACUGGACUACUUCCACCUCUCCUUUGCCAUGACAGCCCUCAUAAAAAUUGCAUCAUCAGACCUCUGUUCCUGGCUGUUAGCAGGAGCUAAGCUAUUGUACUGGACUGUGCUCAUCAUAGGAGAAUAAACCCCACAUGGCAUGUUCUGAUGACCUUGAUAACAUUUUAUUCCACAAUGGAUAAAAUUGCCAACCAUUUGGGCUAAUUAGGUUUCAGAUAAAAUGAUGGUUGCAGGUUGUGCUGCAGUGAUCUGAUCAGUAACUUUGGGAAUUGUCUGGUUUUGUAAGUUAUCCAUUGAACAACCAGUCAAACCUUGUUAGUACCGAUUUCCUUUUCACCAGCAGAUGUGCACAUCAUCGAACGAGCAUUUUGUAACAUAGAGUUUUCUAUGAGCAUCUAGAAAAAGAAGCAUCACUUCCUUAGUAACAAUGUCUGCAUGUGUAAUGAAAGUUACAGAAUUAUUAAACAGCUAUACUCUAUUAUGUGCAUGCUCUAAUAUUGUAUUAACAGCUGAUAAGCAGAGGGUUCUGGAAAGCAAGGAAGGCUGGCUCUGGAUUUCUUUUUUAAGGGUUUCAAAGAGCAGCAAAACUCGCCAGAGUGGAUGCAGGACCAGACAAUGCUCAAAGCAAAUCAUAAAGUGAAACUGUUGUGCUUUGUAUUUAUUUCUUGGGGGACUUUUCUUUAAAGUAUUUAACUUCACAGGAAAAAUAUAGAAUAUAUUUAAAAUAGUGACAAUUAGAAGUGCACCUUUUCAUGAAUGAGAGGGGUGUGAUUUGAGAAAUAAAGUCAUCUUUUGUGUCUUAA